CUGCCUGACAACAACACUGCAUGUUCCGACCUCAAGUAACCCCGGCACAUUGCUCUGUUCCUCCCCGUCUGGGCUGCCGUGUCCCCUGCGUUACGGAGCUUGUUUUCCACCCCGGGCAUGCUGGGUAAUUCACAGGCUGUGCUCUCGUCAUCCUCCGCACUCCCUGCACCCUUGUGUUUAUCUUCCCCUCUCCCCAGCACCUCUCAGUUACUCUCGUACUGCACCAGCAGCAACACUCGUCUCCUCUCUCAUCACUCCCUGUCUUCUCCAGUCUCUAACUCCCUGCACCUUCUAUACACCCUGGGAAACAACACCUGUCGGCUCCAGUCUCUAACUCCCUGCACCUUGGGCUCCAGUCUUCAGUUGGUGUAACCUUGGGCUACUGGCCGGCAGUUCUACACCAGAGAAGCCCAAAGCCUGACUGCUCCAGUCUUCAUUUACCCCCCUCGGAGCCCCACUGCCCCCCAUCUCUGUGCAUGUAACUGUGGGACGCGACUCUGGAAUCUUUUGUAUUGGAAACGGAUCUGAAUGGGCCGUGGCUUUCCCUGGAGCGAGGGGAGAGCAGGGAAUUGUGGGAGUAUGUGAUGGGGAAGGCCGGAGCAUACAUACAGGUUGCAGCACAGGUAGCCAGGCAGCCCGGCCCUCCAGCUCCAUCUCCCUAUUCUACACAUGAUUUAACCAAGGGACACCCCAAUCUGGCUGCCACCCCUCCAGGACAUGCCUCCUCCCCAGGACUCUCACAGGCUUCCUAUACCCCCGGCCAGAGCCCAGCACCCCUCGUGUACCCUCAGGCACAACAGACUAUGAGCACUCAGGCCCAGAAUCGCUCACCAUUUGCAGCUGGACCCCGACCCGCCCAUCACCAGGGAGGAUUCAGACCCAUCCAGUUUUUCCAGAGGCCCCAGAUCCAGCCCCCCCGUGCCGCCAUCCAGACCAGUAGCCCCUCCAUCCGGGCAGGAGCCCAGACGCCAACUGCCGUGUAUCAGACCAACCAGCACAUCAUGAUGGUCAAUCACCUGCCAAUGUCAUACGCCAUGCCCCAGGGACCCCAAUACUGCAUCCCCCAGUACCGACACAGCGCUCCCCCAUACGUGGGCCCCCCACAGCAGUACCCAGUCCAGCAGCCUGGUCCUAGUCCGUUCUAUCCUGGCCCGGGUCCUGGAGACUUUCCAAGCCCUUAUGGAACCCCGUUCUACCCGAGCCAACCUGUGUACCAGUCUGCGCCCAUCAUUGUGCCAACACAGCAACAGCAGCAGCCUCCACCCCCUGCCAAGCGCGAGAAGAAGCCGAUUAGAAUACGAGACCCCAAUCAAGGGGGCAAAGAUAUCACAGAGGAAAUCAUGUCUGGAGUAGGAAGCCGGAACUCCACCCCACCCAUCCUCAGGCCCAACUCCACGCCGACGCCCCCUCAGCAGCUGCCUAGCCAGGAGCACGGCCCAGUGGUGUACAGGACUUUGGGGAGUCCUCAUCUCACGGCAACUUUCCCUGCUGCUCCUGUCAGCGAAGCCAAAGCAGAGGAGAAGCCAAAACCAGACCUCACGUUAAAACCCAGCCCUCCCCUGUGUGUGGGGCCCGAGUCCAUCGAUAUUGACACCAAUGAUGUCAUGGAACAGGGGCCCAGACCCACCUCUUCUGAACGAGCCGAGCCAUGUCUUCUGCCGGGGGUCUCAGCAGCUCCCAUUGUAGUAGCCACUGUGCCCACCACACAAGCCUUUUCUUGCCACCUGGAAGAUACGAGGGGAAGCGAGAGCCCAGCACUGGCCCCUACCCCCACCCCUCUACAAGACUUGGACCCGGCUGAGAUGGAGGAGAGAGAAUGUAAGGACUCUGUGGGGCAAAUCCCACCGGCUGAUGCCCCAGUGGCUGCUCAGGGGAUGAAUGGACUAGGGGAUGAUAUUGGCACAGCAGACGGUGCCCUGGGGGAGGAAUCGGCAGAAGUGGAUUUGCCCGAGUUGCCCGACUUGGCCGCAGCAAUGGAUUCAGACAGUGAAUUCACUACUCCUUCCAACGUGCCUCUCUCCUCCCCACAGCCCUCCUCUCCUCCUCCUCUCAUUGCUGCUACUCUACUCACUACCACUAGACUCUCCCCUCCUGCCGCUGCCCCCCCCUGUGCCCAAGAUGUGGAAGAGCAGGAGGACGAGGGCACAACUUCCAUCCUAGAGAGUGAAGCAGAGGAACAGAACAAAGGGAAAACAGAGGGGGACUCCGAACUGGAAGCCAGUGUGAAUCUCCUGAGCAUCAGCUCUACACAAAGCCCAGUGGAAGCCCCACCCACCAUAAGUGCACCAAAGAUGUGGCAAAAACCAACAGAUGAGAGCCCAGAUAUUGAGAAGAUUUCACAGUCAGAGGCAGAGCCACAAUAUGAUGCUGAUCUCCUGGAGGACAAAGUCACAGAAGUGGAUCAAGAUCCAGUCACCUCCAGCAGCGCCAGCAACAUGGAAACAGAGCACCUGUACCUGAGCAAUGCCAAACCACAGGAGCAGAAUGGAGAGGUGGAACCAAUAAGCAAUGGGGCUGAUGCCAACUCUGAGGGGGAAGGGACGGAUAUCCCAUCAGGCUUAGAGGAAGGCUUGGCCUACUCUUAUACUAAAGCAGGAGACAGUGCAGUUGAGGAAUCAUCUGACCCCUCUCAGGAGCCCCUGCAGCCCCCGGCACCUCUACAGCAAGCCGAUGGCAAGCGUCAGUAUAAUCGGGAUUUCCUACUGGGCUUCCAGUUCAUGCCUGCGUGUGUUCACAAGCCGGAAGGCCUUCCCCCGAUCAGCGACGUAGUUCUGGAUAAGAUCAAUCAGCCUAAGUUACCCAUUAGGGCCCUGGACACUCGGAUGCUGCAGAGAGGGCCAGACUUCACCCCUGCCUAUGCCGAUUUUGGGAGACCUGCCCCUGGUGGCCGUGGCAUGCCACUACUGAGUGUGGGUCCCAGGAGGUCCCAGCCAGGACAGAGGCGGGAGCCCAGGAAAAUCAUCAUGAAUAUCGCCGUCAGCGACGACGUCCACCUGAAAAAAGCGGAAAACGCCUGGAAGCCCAAUGUCAAAAGGGAAAGUCUGCCAGAGGAUCCAGACAGCAUCAGAACUCAGGCCCUGUUCCGCAAGGUCCGAAGCAUUCUGAACAAACUCACCCCCCAGAUGUUCAACCAACUCAUGAAGCAGGUGACGGAUCUGACUGUAGACACGGAGGAGAGACUCAAAGGAGUCAUUGACCUGGUGUUUGAGAAAGCAAUCGAUGAGCCCGGCUUCUCCAUGGCCUAUGCCAACAUGUGCCGAUGCCUUGCUACGCUGAAAGUGCCGAUGGCCGACAAGCCGGGGAGCACGGUGAACUUCCGCAAGCUGCUGCUCAACCGCUGCCAGAAGGAGUUUGAAAAAGACAAAGCAGAGGACGAUGUUUUUGAAAAGAAGCAAAGCGAAUUAGAACUGGCCACAAUGCCAGAGGAGAAGACGCGGCUACAGGAAGAGCUGGAAGAGGCUAAAGACAAAGCCCGGCGCAGGUCCAUUGGGAACAUCAAGUUUAUCGGAGAGUUAUUUAAGCUGAAGAUGCUGACAGAAGCCAUUAUGCACGACUGUGUGGUCAAGCUGCUCAAGAACCACGACGAGGAGUCACUCGAGUGCUUGUGUCGGCUACUCACCACCAUCGGCAAAGACCUGGACUUUGAGAAAGCCAAACCACGUAUGGAUCAGUAUUUUCACCAGAUGGUGAAGAUCAUAAAGGAGAGAAAAACCUCUUCUAGAAUCCGGUUUAUGCUGCAGGACGUUAUAGACCUCAGACUGAAUAACUGGGUGUCCCGGAGGGCAGACCAGGGGCCCAAGACCAUCGAGCAGAUCCAUAAAGAGGCCAAAAUAGAAGAACAGGAGGAACAGAGAAAAGUGCAGCAGUUAAUGACCAAAGAGAAGAGGAGACCAGCAGGGGUGCAGAGAGUGGAUGAAGGCGGAUGGAACACGGUGCAGGGGGCAAAGAAUAACAGGGUGCUGGACCCUUCCAAGUUUCUGAAAAUCACUAAGCCCACCAUAGAUGAGAAGAUCCAGUUGGUUCCCAAAGCUCAGCCUGGCAGCUGGUUAAAGGGGAGCAGUGGAGGUGCCAAGGCCAGUGAGACUGAAUCUCUGAGACCAGGAGCCCCCGGCCUGAACAGGUUCUCUGCCCUGCAGCAGCCACUCUCCUCUGUGUCUUCCUCCUCUUCCUCCUCAGCUGAUCUGGAAUCUCGCAGGUUAAUAACCAGCAGCCGUGGAAGCGUUGGGCGAGAGAAGAACGACAGACCUUCCACUCCUUCAUCUGUCUCCCCCGUGCCCCGUCCCAGCCCCCUCCUGCACGGCAGCAGCAAAGACUCGGGUGACAAUCAGGAAGAACAGCGCCGGGAGACCCUCCAAACGGUGAAACAGCUGAGCAGCUUCACUGAACCCGACAAGAACACUGUGCCAGAGAGACGGCCCAAAGAGCCAGCCAAGUCCGAGCCAUCGGAACCAGACAAACUAACUCUAUCGGAAGAGGAGAUGGAGAGGAAAUCCAAGGCCAUCAUUGAUGAGUUCCUCCAUAUUAAUGACUACAAGGAGGCCAUGCAGUGUGUCGAGGAGUUUGGUGCCAACGGGCCACUGUCAGUGUUUGUGCGACAGGGAGUGGAGUCGACGCUGGAACGGAGUCAGAUCACCAGGGAUCACAUGGGACAGCUCCUCUACCAGCUGGUCCAGUCGGGCACACUCAGCAAACAGGACUUCUUCACAGGUUUCUCCGAGACUCUGGAGCUGGCAGACGACAUGGCUAUCGAUAUCCCCCACAUCUGGCUGUACCUUGCCGAGCUGGUGACCCCCAUGUUGAAAGAAGGCGGGAUCUCUCUACGAGAACUGAUAACAGAGUUUGGCAAAGCUCUGCUCCCUGUGGGACGCGGAGGAGUAUUAUUGUCCGAAAUAUUGCACCUUCUAUGCAAACAAAUGAGCCAUAAGCGAGUCGCCACAUUGUGGAGAGAGACCGGCCUUCAGUGGAACGACCUCUUGCCUGAAGGAGAAGAUGUGCAGAGCUUUGUCAGCGAGAAGAACUUGGACUUCACGCUGUCCCACUGCUCCAGCCCUUCUGAGAAUCUUUCCAAGAAAGAGAUGUCGGCCGAGGAGCAGAACAAGAGGCUGGAGCAGCUCAUUAUACAGGAAAAGGCUAACGAUGAGCAGAUCUUUGAUUGGGUAGAGGCUAAUCUAGAGGAGAGUCAGAUGAGUUCGCCUACAUUCCUUAGAGCUUUAAUGACGGCGGUGUGCAAAACGGCAAUUUUAGGGGACUGUUCUUCCUGCCGCGUGGACACUUCCUUCCUCAAGCAGAGAGUUCCAGUUCUACUAAAGUAUCUGGACUCUGACACAGAGCGAGAACUACAAGCACUUUAUGCACUACAAGCAUUAAUAGUAACACUUGAUCAACCUCCCAACUUGUUGCGCAUGUUUUUCGAUUGCCUCUAUGACGAGGAGGUGAUUUCGGAGGACGCCUUCUACAAAUGGGAGAGCAGUAAGGACCCAGCAGAACAAGAUGGGAAGGGGGUGGCACUAAAGUCGGUGACGGCCUUCUUCACGUGGCUGCGGGAGGCAGAGGAGGAGUCGGAGGACAACUAGAAACUUGAAUGGAAUCGCUCAGCCUCUCCCGCAGCCGCUCGGAGCAGUUUCAGCCUCUUUAUUCACUUCAGCUUUUGGCUUUUCUCUCUUUUUCUUCCGGUUUCGCCAGUCGGGGUUCAGCCAAUCGGAUUCCCCGGGGGGGGGGUACGACGAACUCGAGGUUAUAGGAAAAGGUGCCCAAACCAGUGAUUAGAUUGUGUGGGGUGAUCACCUCACAAUGUGACGGGGGAAAUGUGACCCCCAAACGGGCGAGGGGGGACUGACCCCUUCCCCACGUUCUAUUUAUUAGAGUUGAUAUUUUCUGUUUUAAAGUUUCCCCACUUUAUUUUAAAAGAAAACUCCCCCGAAACCAGAGACUCGUCCUGAAUCCUCCAAUCACUUGAGAGGAGAAAUAAUUUAUUGCUUUUUGGACUCCCAGUGGUUCUGAUACUUUUCUUUUAAUUUGUGGUACCGACCAACUAACCCUAAAGUAGGAGCUGGGGGGCAGGAUCCCUCUCCCUUGCUCUGUAGCCUCUUUGCCCUCACUAGGGUGGGGCUUUCCCCUUGGGGAUCAGGGCACAAUUAGUGUCACAUUUAGGGGGGCAGCGGCUAUGGACUAAUCUGGAGCAGCAGGGCAGUGGCAUGCAGGUGUACCCCGAUUUCUCCAUGCAAUCAGAUGGAGUUGUCCUCAUGUCCUGCACUCUGUACCCACCUGUGAUGAGGGGAGAGGAUUAUGGGGUCCCCAUGUGUUGCCCACCUCCAGCCGCUACAUCCAAGGGAGAGGGGCAGAUGAGCUUGCAAUCUAGCCGCGGCCCUGAGUAUAAUAAAGAGCUGGAACUGAAUACGGACUGAGCGGCACCUUGAGACUUGAAUGAGCCGCGGUGUCUCGGAGAAGCUGAUCCGGCUGCGGGGUCUUUCCAAGCAAUUGGCAAACGAGACUGUGAGAUGCUUUUCUCUUACAUUGUAUUUCUAUUCAUUUUAGCCUGGUUUCCUAUGGAAAAGAAGGCUAAUAAAGUAACCUGUACCCUGA